GGUGAAAAAGGCAUGGAAUGAAAUUGAUGGUGAACUUAUUAGAAGCGCAUUUAAAUGUUGUGGGAUUUCAGUCAGAGAGGAUGGAAUGGAGGAUGAUUUAAUAUUUGAUAGUGAGAGAUUGAAUGAUGUUAAUAUUGAUGAAACUGAUAAGGAGAACAAUAUAUUGGUGGAAAUUGAGGGAGAUCAUUAUGAAGAAGUUGAUGGCUUUAGAAAUGCGUGGUGA